AUGAUCAUUGACAAUACGAAUAAUAGAAAUGAUAGAAUUUAUAUACCAACGAAAGAACAAGUAAGGAAUGAUAAUGUAGUAAUUUUAGAAAAAGAGAAGGAUAUAAUUAAUGAGAACAAUAGUAAUAAUAUGAACAUUGUCAAAGGAGAAAAAAAAAUUUCAAAAAAUAUAAAUGAACAUACGACAUCCAUUAAAAAUAUAAAUAAUAAUAAUGAGAAAGUGUAUAAUAAUAUAAAUGAAAAUAUAAAUGAAAUUAUUAUGAAAAAUAAAAGUAAUAACAAUAUGUGUAAUAAUGAUAAUAAUAAAGAUAAUGAUAAUAAUUAUAUUGAGCCUACUUCAAUAGAUGGGCAUAUAAAGGAAGAGGGAAAAAGUGGUGAUAAUAAUCAAAGUGGUGAUAAUAAUAAAAGUGGUGAUAAUAAUCAAAGUGGUGAUAAUAAUCAAAGUGGUGAUAAUAAUCAAAGUGGUGAUAAUAAUCAAAGUGGUGAUAAUAAUCAAAGUGGUGAUAAUAAUCAAAGUGGUGAUAAUAAUCAAAGUGGUGAUAAUAAUCAAAGUGGUGACAAUAAUCAAAGUGGUGAUAAUAAUCAAAAUGUUGGGAAUGAUGAAAAUAAUUCAAAUAAUGAGAAUGAAAAUUCCAAUCCUGAUAAUAUAGAUGAUGGGGUUGAAAGUUUUAACAGUUUUUUAUUAGAAGAAGAUAUAAAUUUAUCAAGACGAGCUUAUCGAAAUUUUCACAUAUGUUCUAUAUUUAUCCAUUUAUCUCUUUUAUUAAUGGUUAUAUUAUUAAUGGGUACAUUAAGUUAUGAUUUUUUCAAAUCUUAUAUUUCUAAAAAAGAAAUUGUUACCUUAUAUAUAUGCGCAACGUUAUUAGGUAUGUUAUGUAUACAUAUUUGUUUAAAUUUAUAUAUAUCCUAUAGAUUAUUAAUGCAAGUUCAAGUUUCUAAAAGUUUAAAAUCUCUUGAAUCCAAAAUACAUAUAAUUGUUGUUAUGUAUUUUUCAUUUUGUUUUUAUUUGUAUCUUUUUGAGAGAGGAAAAUAUACGAUAAAUUCCACCUUUUCUGUAACAAUUAUAUUAGCUAUUAUAUAUUACUUCUUGCCAAUUUUUUUAUAUAUAAUUUUACGUCUAAUUUUUUUUGUUGUUAUUCUGAUAUUAGUGUUUUUAAAAAGAAAAAGCCCUACACCAAAAAGAAUAUUAAAAAAGUUAAAAAUUAUGAAAUAUAUAGAAUAUAGAAAGUAUUGUGAAGAAAAUUUCUUGACAACAAAUUAUUUUUACAGUGAAAAUUUUGUAAACGACCAAAAUAAAUGUGUACAAAAAAAUGAAAAUAAAUCUAAUAUACAAGCAAAUGGUAUAGCACAAUAUGUAAACAAUGAAGAAUUAACUACAAAUGUGGUAAGUGAAAUGCCUAUAAAUAAUAAUGAUAUAAGUGAUAUGAAAAAUAUAUCAACUAAUAAUGGUGCAUUACGUAAUAUAUCCAAUAUGAAAGAUAUAAAUAAUAUCAAAAAUAUUGAUAAUCUAAAUAUUAUAAAUAAUGACAAUAAUGUUGUUAUAAAUAUAGAAUCUCCUAAUAAUACCCUAAACAAAAAUGGACAAAAUAAAAUGAAAAAUAUGGCAGAAGAAGAUAUAAAAAAAGAAGGAGAAAAAAAUAUAUAUAAUAAUAAUAAUAAUAUAUAUAAUGAUGCCAAAAAUGCGAAUGAUGCAAUAAAUAUUAAUAUUUAUAAUGAUCAAAUUAGAAAUGAUAAUAAAACUGGUGUUUUUGGAUACUUUCAAAAGGUAUUAAAAAAAAAAAAAAAUGGAAAUGAAAAUGGAAAUGAGAAUGAAAAUGAAAAAAAUGAAAUAAUAGAAAUCCCCCCAGAAAAUAAUGUCUAUAUAAAUAUAGAAACGUCAGAUUUAGUUUGUUCUAUAUGUUGUGUAGAAUAUGCAAAUGAUGAUGAUAUUUGUAUACUACCAUGUAAUUAUCUACAUUAUUAUCAUAAAGAUUGCAUAUUUACGUGGUUAAAAAAAAACAAUGAUUGUCCUUUAUGUAGAAAAAUUAUUGAAAAAAUAUAA